AACAAUGUGAGCAAACACUGAGCUGAGGGGGACCUUCUGAUUAGGAGCACUCCCCGGCGAGGCCGUCCACCUUCCCAGCAGAAGGGUGGUGGCUUGCUCCUGCAGGCCUGGGAUCAGCGACUGAAGCCAUGGCCACCACCACGUGCCAGGCGGUGGGGCUCCUCCUGUCCCUCCUGGGUCUGGCCGGCUGCAUAGCCGCCACUGGGAUGGACAUGUGGAGCACCCAAGACCUGUACGACAACCCAGUCACCUCCGUGUUCCAGUAUGAAGGGCUCUGGAGGAGCUGCGUGCAGCAGAGCUCGGGGUUCACAGAGUGCCGGCCCUACUUCACCAUCCUGGGCCUGCCAGCCAUGCUGCAAGCAGUCCGAGCCCUCAUGAUCGUGGGCAUUGUCCUGGGGGUCUUUGGCAUCCUAGUGUCCAUCUUCGCCCUGAAGUGCAUUCGCAUUGGCAGCAUGGAUGAUUCUGCAAAGGCCAAGAUGACGCUGACCUCUGGGAUCUUGUUCAUAAUCUCAGGAGUCUGUGCGAUCAUUGGCGUGUCGGUGUUUGCCAACAUGCUGGUUACCAACUUCUGGAUGUCCACAGCGAACAUGUACAGUGGCAUGGGCGGGAUGGUGCAGACUGUCCAGACCAGGUACACCUUUGGUGCGGCUCUGUUCGUGGGGUGGGUCGCUGGAGGCCUCACACUAAUUGGGGGAGUGAUGAUGUGCAUCGCCUGCCGUGGCCUGACACCGGAUGACAGCAACUUCAAAGCUGUGUCCUACCACGCCUCUGGCCAAAAUGUUGCCUACAAGCAUGGAGGCUUCAAGGCCAGCACUGGCUUCGGGUCCAACACCAGAAAUAAGAAGAUAUACGAUGGGGGCGCCCGCACAGAGGAUGAUGAACAACCCCAUCCUACCAAGUACGACUAUGUGUAGUGCCUAAGACCCCGAGCAUCCAUGUGCAGAAGAAACCCUUCCCCAAGAAGAGCUCACCCCCAAAACAAGGAGGCUCUGCCUUGUUCCCUUAUUUGGUUUUGACUGGCAGUUGGAAGUUGGUAAGGCCUUAAUUUCAUCCAUAGUGAGGCCAGAAAGUCUUGGCCACAUGUCUCUAAAUAUUCCAUCACGAAACAGCUGAGUUAUCGUUUAUGAGUUAGAGGCCGUAACCCUCUCUCAUCCCAAACCUCUGCUCUUUUACCAUAGACUUUUUAAUCUGGUGAUGGAAUGCAGUUUGACUCACUGACUAAUACUCUGAUGGUUUGGAGAAGCUUUCCUUCCUCCUAUUUAAUAGACCCUGUUGAUGAUCUGUUUCCCAACUUGACCUCCAAGGAAAAUUUUAAAAUGGAGAAAAAAAAUAGACUACAAGGCAUUAUUUCCUGCUCAAUUCUGCCUCACCCACCCCCAACUUGACUAAUACUAAUAAUGAACACCGGUUAAAGAGAAAAAAAAAAUGAUAGAGGAAAGAUAGUAUCGAUCUCCCAAGCCUAUUAACUGAGUUCCCAUACGUGGCGAUCUAAAACAUUAUCAGCCCCAGUGAUUUUCAGUAGAGGCAAACAAGCCUGUCGGCUUCUCUUGGCAUCUGCUAAUUCCAAAGAGACCAUUCCAGAGCUUUCUAUUGGAGGCCCUUUUUCUGCCAGAAGUCAGAAAUUCUCUCUAGAAAAGUAAGAAGUGGAUUUUUUUUGUAACCUGAGUUCUAUGUACAGUUAUAAUAAAUAGCAUAUUAGCAAAAUGGUAUUAUUUCUCUAUGAAUUAGCCUAACCCUAACCCUUACAUAUAGAAAAAUGUGGGAGGGAUCAUUUCUUGGGUCAUUGUCUCUCGUGUACUCUGUAAAGUCCUACGUAAAUCCAGACUUCAUGAAAAGCUCACUGAUCCUAAUUGUUUUCUUUUGAGGUCUCCACAGACUAAGUGCGACCCUUGUUUAAAAAAAAAAAAAUCAAAUCCCGUGUCCUAGAAAGUACCUUAAACCUGUUUUGUUUUGUUUUGUUUUGUUUUGUUUUGUUUCGUUUUUUAAAAAAAACAACAAAGACUGGUGUCUACAGUCGCUGCCAGUUGACAGUGGCACUUCCUUGGUCCUGUGGUCAGUUUUGUGGUUCUGACAGCUGUACCAGUCAUUAAAUAUAUAUGCAGGCCACACCCUCCUCUGCGCUUGUAGGACUGCCCUUUUGACAUGAAAAUGUGAACCCCAUCCCAGGGUGCAGCAUGAACAGGCUCCCGAGAAAUGGAGAUGCGAGCGAUCACUAAAGCCCACCAGAGCCUGGAACAGCAGCAGUGCUUGCUGUACGAGCCUGGGCAUGAGGUUGCCAUGAAGGAACGGGCAGUCCUUACAUUAACAGCACCUAUAGAAGCGCCCUCCAGGAGGUCGGUGAAUACUCAGGGGUGGCUCCAGUCUGCACAGACUAUCUGUGCCUGGAUAAGGACCAGGUCCGCCAAACAGUGAGGAACUGUGUUCACCAAGAGCCAACAUAGUUCACAGAGUCCUUCCCACCAGGACACCGGUUGGUUUAGGCUCUCUUGAAGGCCCUUCUGAAACUCAUUAUCUGAAAUGGUAUAAAGGAUGAAUGGAUUAAACAAUUCAAGAGCAGGAGGGAGAGAAGGAGGUGGAAGUGAGCAAUCUAGGGCAUGAAGAUUAUUAAAAUUCUUUGGGUCUAAAUGGAAGGUCAUC